GGGCUAGGGACCAGGAGUGGACAGAGGCGCCCUCUGUCUCCCGGGCUGGUGGGAAUGGGCUGCCCUGUGUUUCUUUCUGUUCUUGGUUGCACCCCCUCCCCGAGCCCAGCGGGGAGGAGGUGGGAAGAGAAGUCGUGAGAAGGGUGAUGCGGUGCAGGGCCGAGCAGUGGAAGGGAAGAAUUCUGCCCAGGAGAGUCUCUGUGAGGGCUUCUGUCUCGGAACUCAGGGAGCCACUUCACCUGUUCUUGGAUCCCUGACUCUCCUGGCCUGUUUCUUCCCAGGAGGGUCAGUCUGUGAGGACAUCAGCUCCUUCUUUGGCGUACUGAUGGCAGCAGAGCCCCUGACUGAACUGGAGACAGCCAUUGAGACCGUGGUCACUACUUUCUUCACUUUUGCAGGGCGGGAAGGACGGAAAGGCAGUCUGAGCAUCAAUGAGUUUAAGGAACUGGUCACUCAGCAGCUGCCUCAUUUGCUCCAGGAUGUGGGCUCUCUAGAUGAGAAGAUGAAGAGCUUGGAUGUGAAUCAGGACUCGGAGCUGAAGUUCAAUGAGUACUGGAGACUGAUUGGGGAAUUGGCAAAGGAAAUCAAGAAGGAGAAAUUCCUGGAGAUCUGGAAGAAGUAAAGCCUGCUUGUUGGGAUGGGUGUCAGCAGGGUCUGCUGGGCUGGGCCAGCCAGAACUCCCCUCCCUGCAAAUAAAGCUUCCUCCUUGAAACACAGA